GAGGUUGGCGUCGGAAACGGUUAAUUAUUUUAAGCUUAUAUAAAACGUGAACAAUAGUGGCAUCUGCUGGUCCGGAAUACAGAUCACACAUGUGAAUGUUUAUAAAGCCGUCUUUUCUCGUCUUGUUCAAUAACAAUUAGUGGCGCAAUGGUUAGGUGUGCGCAUUGAAAAAAAAGGUCUAAGUAUAAGGGCGGGUUUGUAUCCCGUAACUGCUUUCCAGUUACUUUACUCUUUUAAAACUAUGCAUCGGACUAUGUUUCGCAUGAUUAAAAGCUUGCCUAUACUAACUUAAACGAAUUAUAUCAACCAAAAUUGUGGUACAUCAACUCAACGUUUUCUAAACUCUAACAGGGUUCUAAUGAAAUGCCACCACCUAUUUCUAUUUUUGUCCCGGACACUUCCUGGUGCGCCACCGAAAAACAUUACCCAUCUACAAAACGUUAGUACCUAAAUUGUUUAAAACGGUGUCCAGUAGAGGCCGGUGUUUGCACCAUAAAUUCGAAGAACUUCGGAAACCGGCAUUCCGCAUCAAGCUGUGGAAACAAAUUACGUAUAAUAUCGGAACAGCACGUGAUCAAACUGACCUUUGGACGUCAUUUAUCACGUGAUAUUGUCACUUUGAAACAAGGAUGCGCAGAAUAUGUCGAGUUGGUAGUGCUUUGAGAAUUGAACUGUUGGCCUACUUCGGAACUCCGGUUGCAACCUUCAGUUUUUUAGCCAACGGAAAAAUUGCACGUUACUUGAAUAAAUUAGUAACGUUGAGACUGCUGGUGACAGCAUUACGAGAGUUAGCUGAGAGGUAGUGGAACUGACUAAAACUGGCGGCGAUGGGAGGUGUUCGGUGGGCGUUCCGUGGUGGCUCAUGGACACCAACCCGGUCGGAGUGGCUGCUGGCGUCCCGGUGUGUGCAGCGUGAAGAGAGAGAACGGAUUGGACAAUUCAUGUUUUCCAAAGAUGCGAAAUCAGCCAUGGCUGGGAGGUUGUUGCUAAGGAGGUUGGUGUGUGAGAAGAUAGGUGUCCCCUGGGCUGACUUCCAUCUGGAGCGCACUCCCAGAGGAAAGCCAUACCUCGCCAGCCCUGAAGCCGGGGGUUGGAGUUUUAACCUCUCCCACCAGGGCGACUACACUGUACUGGCUGCUGAACAGGGGCUGCUGGUGGGAGUAGAUGUAAUGAAGACCACCAUGCCAGGUAGCAGUUCGGUACCUCAAUUUUUCCAGAUUAUGACAAGGCAGUUUACGGAACGUGAAUGGAGUGUUAUCCGCAGCGCAGGAUCGGAAUGGGAGCAACUGACCAUGUUCUACAGACACUGGGCCCUGAAGGAGAGCUUCAUUAAGGCGAUUGGGACAGGGCUGGGCUUCAACCUGCAGAGGGCAGAGUUUCACCUCACAGAGGAGCCGCUCACAGAAGGCAAGGUGUGCAACGGGACUAGAAUGCACCUGGACGAGGAGCUAGAGGAGGGCUGGGUCUUUGAGGAGAGCCUGUUGGACAGGGACCACCAUGUGGCUGUAGCACUGGGACCCGGGGUUGAAUCUGCGCUUUCCCCGGCCAUCCUCUGUCCUUCCCCUUCCUUCACCCUCCUCUCCUUCAGUGACCUGAUCAGCAUGGCCACGCCCAUCUUAGAAGAAGACUCUUCCUACUGGGAGAGUUUCCAGAAGAAGGCGGAAGCCCCGAAGAGACAGAGCGACAUGCACCGAUGAGCCAGUUUACAUAACUCA